AUGGCUUCAAGUGGAUACUCUGCUCCUAUUCCACCUGUGUUUUCUAGAGAAGGCUAUGCUAUUUGGGCUGUCAAGAUGAUGGCUUAUCUUAAAGCCUUUGAUCUGUGGGAAGUGAUUGAAACAAGCAAGCAUCUAGGACCUUUGAGGGAGGAUCCUACUCUUGCACAGAUAAAAGCUCAUAGUGAGGAAUGUGCUAAGGGUUUUAAGGCCUUAUCAUGCAUUCAUGCUUCUAUUUGUGAGGUGAUUUUCACCAGAAUUAUGGCAUGUGAGACAGCAAAGCAAGCUUGGGAUUUAUUUAAAGUUGAGUUUCAAGGAAGUAAGCAGACAAAGAAAAUGUCAGUACUCAACUUGAGAAGGGAAUUUGAGGUUCUCAAGAUUACAGAGUCUAAAAGUCUAAAAGAUUAUAUUGAUAGACUAAUGAAUGUUGUUGACAAGAUCAAGCUCCUUGGUAAAGAGUUAAUUGACAAGAGAAUUAUGGAGAAAGUCUUGUUUAGUUUACCUGAAAGGUUCGAACCAAAGAUCUCUUCUUUGGAGGACUCUAAAGACUUAAGGAGGAUUUCUUUAGCUAAGCUAGUAAAUGCAUUACAAGCUAUUAAGAAGAGAAGAGCUAUAAGAUAA